CUUCAAACAGUGCGCAGCUACAGCUCAGUAUACCCAGGGACCCAGGUAGUCCAGAUUGCGUUCAAUUGGCAUUGUUCUGGCCCUUUCUCAACUACCCAGCGCCACGCCAUACCACGCAAUCCCACAUACUAUUACCACUCGUCUUGCCAUGGCCUCGCUACGAUCCUGGUUUAGCAUACCUCGCGGCUCACACUUUUCUCUGGCCAACAUCCCCUUUGGUAUCAUCUCGACUGCGUCGUCGACAAAACCGCGAGUUGCGGUUGCCAUUGGCGAGCAUGCUCUAGACCUCGAGGCCUUUGCCGCCAACAAUGGCUUUUCAGGCCUCUCCACCAUCCAGCCCCACCAGACCGUUUUCUCUGAGCCCUCACUAAAUGCAUUCGCUGCCCUCGGCCGUCCCAUCCACUCGGUCGUUCGCAAGUACAUCCAGAGUGUGUUUUCCGAGGACACGACCUACCCCGAUGUCCUCAAGAACAACAGUGCCCUCCAGAAACAGGCUCUGCUCCCGCUCAACGAGGUCCGCCCUCAUAUCCCUUUUAAGAUUGGUGACUACACCGACUUCUUUGCCGGUCUGAACCACGCGUACAACUGUGGUGUCAUAUUCAGGGGCCCGGAUGACGCUCUGCAGCCAAACUACAAAUACCUGCCAAUCGGUUACCACGGCCGAGCAUCCUCCGUCGUGCCUUCAGGAACGCCAAUCCGGCGCCCCAAUGGCCAGAUUCUGCUGAACCCCACAGCCGAGAAGAAAGUACCUACAUUCGGCGCGUGCAGGAAGCUGGAUAUGGAACUUGAGCUCGGGGCCUUUGUAUGCGGCUCCAACGAGCAAGGCGUGCCCAUCCCGAUAGAAAAGGCAGAGGAAAACCUGUUUGGCGUGGUGCUCAUGAACGACUGGUCGGCACGAGAUGUCCAGGCGUGGGAGUAUGUGCCCCUGGGGCCUUUCAACGCAAAGAACUUUGGGACAACAAUCAGCACAUGGGUUGUGCAUGCAGAUGCGCUGGAGCCGUUCAAGACAAAGGGUCUCGAGAACGAUGCCGAAGUACUGCCCUACCUGAAGCAAAAGAGCGACAAGACCGUAUACGACAUCAACCUCGAGGUCGAUAUCAAGACAUCCUCUGGUAGCAAGGCUACUGUGUGCAAAGUCAGUGGGAAAAACCUCCUGUGGUCCUUUCCACAAAUGCUAGCACACCACACCAGUACCGGAUGUCCCGUCAACCCUGGAGACCUGCUAGGUUCAGGUACCAUUAGCGGGACCUCGCCAUCCUCGUUUGGAAGUUUCCUGGAGCAGAGCUACAACGGCAAGGAGUCGAUCCAGAUUGCAGGCGGAGAGAAGAGGACGUUCCUGGAGGAUGGUGACGAGGUUACUAUCCGGGGUGUAUGCGGCACGGAUGAGGAAGCUCUUGUGGGCUUUGGAGAGUGUGUUGGGCGCAUUGAGCCUGCUCUCACACUGAGCUUUGCCUAGGUCUUGUAGCCAGCAGCUUUAUGCCCUGCAGAUACUGAGUAGCAUCCAGCAAUGUGAAUAUGCAGCAAGCAUCAACAAGAAGGGGGUAGCC